GAAGAGUUUGUUUGGGGGUGUUUCCCUUUUCUUAUCUCUCAAUGAGCAGAUGUUAGGGUUGAAUUUAUUUUGACCCUUCCAUUUAAAUUGGAACUGAAGCAAGAGUUUAAAGUACAUCAGAAGAAAGUACUGAACUUUAAACAUGCGUGAUCCGAGGAGGAUGAGCCUGGCCCAACUAGAGAAUCUGUGCAAACAGCUAUAUGAAACAACAGAUACAACCACUCGACUUCAGGCAGAGAAAGCCUUGGUUGAAUUCACCAACAGCCCGGAUUGCCUGAGCAAGUGCCAGCUGCUCCUUGAGAGAGGAAGUUCAUCUUACUCCCAGUUAUUAGCAGCUACAUGCCUUACCAAGCUUGUAUCACGCACAAACAACCCCCUACCAUUGGAACAGCGAAUAGAUAUUCGGAACUAUGUGCUCAACUAUCUUGCCACGCGGCCAAAGUUGGCUACUUUUGUGACACAAGCUCUUAUUCAGUUAUAUGCCAGAAUCACAAAACUAGGAUGGUUUGAUUGUCAGAAGGAUGACUAUGUCUUCAGAAAUGCAAUCACAGAUGUCACAAGGUUUUUACAGGACAGUGUUGAAUACUGCAUCAUUGGCGUCACAAUUUUAUCUCAGCUGACCAAUGAAAUUAAUCAAGUAAGUGCUACAGCCUUCCUCAUUGAAGCAGACACCACCCAUCCUCUAACCAAGCACAGAAAAAUAGCCUCUUCUUUCCGUGAUUCAUCAUUAUUUGAUAUCUUCACACUUUCCUGCAAUUUACUAAAACAGGCUUCAGGAAAGAAUCUGAACUUGAAUGACGAAAGUCAGCAUGGCUUGCUCAUGCAGCUGCUCAAACUUACCCACAAUUGCCUGAACUUUGAUUUCAUCGGCACAUCUACUGACGAGUCCUCAGAUGACCUGUGUACAGUACAGAUACCCACCAGCUGGAGAUCAGCAUUUUUAGAUUCUUCAACUCUACAGCUGUUUUUCGACCUGUAUCAUUCCAUCCCUCCUUCAUUUUCACCUCUGGUAUUAUCCUGCUUAGUACAGAUCGCUUCAGUCAGAAGAUCCCUGUUUAACAAUGCUGAGAGGGCCAAGUUUCUCUCUCAUCUUGUUGAUGGUGUUAAACGAAUACUAGAAAAUCCACAGAGUUUAUCAGACCCAAACAAUUACCAUGAGUUUUGUAGAUUACUGGCCCGACUGAAGAGUAACUACCAACUGGGAGAAUUGGUUAAGGUAGAAAACUACCCUGAGGUCAUCCGAUUGAUAGCCAACUUCACAGUGACCAGCCUACAGCACUGGGAAUUUGCUCCAAAUAGCGUACACUAUCUCUUGAGCCUGUGGCAGCGGCUUGCAGCUUCUGUGCCAUACGUUAAGGCCACAGAGCCCCACAUGUUAGAAACAUAUACUCCAGAAGUCACCAAAGCCUACAUCACGUCCCGUUUGGAAUCUGUGCACAUUAUACUGAGAGAUGGUUUGGAAGAUCCCCUGGAAGAUACAGGUCUGGUCCAACAGCAGUUGGACCAGCUGUCCACUAUUGGGCGUUGUGAGUACGAGAAGACUUGUGCACUCCUUGUGCAGUUGUUUGACCAGUCAGCCCAGUCCUACCAGGAGUUACUGCAGAGCGCCAGUGCCAGCCCAAUGGACAUUGCAGUACAGGAAGGACGGCUGACAUGGCUGGUUUACAUCAUUGGAGCUGUGAUUGGUGGCCGGGUUUCUUUUGCCAGCACUGAUGAGCAAGAUGCUAUGGAUGGUGAGCUUGUCUGUCGGGUGCUCCAGCUAAUGAACCUAACAGAUUCUCGAUUGGCUCAGGCGGGUAAUGAGAAGCUUGAAUUGGCCAUGCUGAGUUUUUUUGAGCAGUUUCGUAAGAUCUACAUUGGGGACCAGGUGCAGAAAUCCUCGAAGCUGUACCGCCGACUCUCAGAAGUCCUGGGCUUGAAUGAUGAGACCAUGGUUCUAAGCGUCUUCAUAGGAAAAAUCAUCACCAACUUGAAAUACUGGGGCCGCUGUGAACCAAUCACCUCCAAGACACUACAGCUUCUCAACGAUCUUUCCAUUGGGUACAGUAGUGUAAGGAAGCUAGUGAAGCUUAGUGCGGUACAGUUCAUGCUGAACAAUCACACGAGCGAGCACUUUUCAUUUUUGGGUAUUAACAAUCAGUCCAACCUGACAGACAUGCGGUGUCGGACUACCUUCUACACAGCACUUGGGCGUCUCCUCAUGGUGGAUUUAGGGGAGGAUGAAGAUCAGUACGAGCAGUUCAUGCUGCCACUUACAGCAGCGUUUGAGGCUGUGGCUCAGAUGUUUAGCACUAACAGUUUCAACGAGCAAGAGGCAAAGCGAACUCUAGUUGGCCUAGUGAGAGACCUGAGAGGGAUAGCUUUCGCCUUCAAUGCCAAGACCAGCUUCAUGAUGCUAUUUGAAUGGAUAUAUCCAUCCUACAUGCCAAUUCUCCAGCGGGCAAUAGAGCUCUGGUACCAUGAUCCCGCCUGUACCACACCUGUGCUCAAGCUGAUGGCUGAAUUAGUUCAUAAUAGAUCUCAGCGGCUCCAGUUUGAUGUCUCUUCCCCCAAUGGCAUCUUACUCUUCCGAGAAACCAGCAAGAUGAUAACGAUGUAUGGCAAUCGCAUCCUGACACUUGGAGAAGUGCCAAAGGAUCAGGUCUAUGCCCUAAAGUUGAAGGGCAUAUCCAUCUGCUUCUCCAUGCUGAAGGCUGCUCUCAGUGGGAGUUACGUCAAUUUUGGAGUCUUCCGUCUCUAUGGAGAUGAUGCCCUGGAUAACGCGCUACAGACCUUCAUCAAGCUGCUCCUCUCUAUCCCCCACAGUGACCUACUGGAUUACCCCAAGCUCAGCCAGUCUUACUAUUCACUACUGGAAGUCCUGACUCAGGACCAUAUGAACUUUAUUGCAAGCCUGGAACCUCAUGUCAUCAUGUAUAUUCUCUCUUCCAUUUCUGAAGGACUUACUGCACUUGACACCAUGGUAUGCACAGGCUGCUGCUCCUGCCUGGACCACAUUGUGACAUACCUCUUCAAGCAGCUGUCACGCAGCACCAAGAAGAGGACGACACCCUUGAACCAGGAGAGUGACCGUUUUCUGCAUAUCAUGCAGCAGCAUCCAGAGAUGAUCCAACAGAUGCUGUCCACGGUGCUGAAUAUCAUCAUCUUUGAAGACUGUAGGAAUCAAUGGUCUAUGUCCCGACCCCUACUUGGCUUAAUACUACUUAAUGAAAAGUAUUUUUCAGACCUAAGGAACAGUAUCGUUAACAGCCAGCCACCAGAGAAGCAGCAGGCCAUGCAUCUGUGUUUUGAAAACCUGAUGGAGGGCAUUGAGCGGAAUCUUCUAACAAAAAACAGAGACAGGUUCACCCAGAACCUGUCAGCAUUCCGUCGAGAAGUCAACGACUCAAUGAAGAAUUCCACUUAUGGCGUGAACAGCAACGACAUGAUGAGCUGACACCUCCUCGGACUCUACCUGUACAGAGCAGCAUCCCUUUGGUCUGGCCCAGAGGGGCGGACAAUUGCAAGGGAGAUGGCCUGGCUAAUCCUGGCUCCUUCCUCCAGGGAUGUGGGGAAAAUGGCAAUGGUCAACUAGUUGCUUCCCCAGGGAAUAGGGGUGUGUGUGCACUCACUAGGGGGCAGGGUGCUGCUGGUUCCUGGGGGCUGGGUGGGAAGGGUGGUGGGAGGAGAUAGAUGAGACACCUGAGACUCCAGCUCCCUUCUCCUGGGGCCACCCAAGGGGGAGAGCCCCCAGUGUCCUGCCACAACCUGCCUUGUAUAAACAUGUACAUUUUUUCAUAACAUUUUGAACAGGUUUAUAUUGACUCAAGUUUAAAAACAAAGUGUGACUGAAAAAAUUUUUACAGAGUCUAGUGCACCAAUGCUGAUGUGAGGGAUUAUGUAUGGCGAGUGAAGAAAAUGUGUAUUCUGGUGGCCUGAAGCUUUACUGGACAAGGAUGUGUGAAAGUGCAGAGAUAUAUUUAGUGACACAGUGUAGACAGGCAAAAAGAAAAGUUCCAAAUGUAUAUUUUUUCUUAAUGCCCUUUCCUUGGCCCCCUCCAGCUCCCAAACAAUCACUUCCUGUUGCUGUAUUAACCCUUGUUAUUAGGAACUCUAAGCCAUGCCAGAUCAACUGUCCCUCCCUGAUAACUGCGGAAGUUGCCCUAGGUCCCCUGGCCUCUUGCCGUGACAACUCCAGCUGAAAGUGUUUGGUAUUCUUAUCUCCAUCCUUUCUCCCACUUACCUAUCAUCAUCCUCAGACAAAUGCCUCUUGUCGUUAAAAGUUGGAUUUUAAUGUUUUAGGGAUCUUGGUCUCUAUAGAAGACCAGAGAGAAGCAUUCUGCCAGUUGCUCUUGUUGAGCAAUUUGGAUGAGUCCACCCACCAGGGCCCAACUGCCUGUGGCCGUAACUGUGUCUUCCCUGGCCCUCGAGGCAGUGUGUAUGGAUGUGUGUGUGUGGAUAUUUAUGUAUGUACCCUGCACUCAUGAAUGUAUGAUCUGGAGGACGUUACCAAGGGGAGCAGUUCUUAAUAACAAGGCCUAUCUAGCAUGAAGUAUUUAACAUUCUCCCUUGGAAAAUAUACAUUUUUAUAAAAUGAAAACCAUAAAUGUUUUGAAUAUUAAAAAAAAUUAACCUACAGAGGAAAAUUAAUGGAGAAAGCUAUUUGCCUUGUACUUUUUCCACAACUGUUGCUGCUAGUUGUACACACCUCUAGUUCAGCUCUUGCCCGUGGAACACUCAUCAAUUAGGUUUUAUUUUUUAUUUCUCUCCCCUACCCCCAGAAACAAGCCUGUUAAUUAUUUUUUUCUCCUCUGGCGACUGUGUGGUGAAUCCUUUCUUGCGUGAUCUGGUUGCGGAUAGACUUGUAAGGGUGUUUGCUGCAUACAGUGUAAGCAUUGUGACCGCCAAUAAACUUCAAUGGUUUCUACUGA